AAAAUUUCCAUCGCUAUUAUCCGCCAGGCUCAACAUUCCUCGAUUGGUAUAUUUUGAUCAUGUCGACUGCGACCACAGCUCCCUCCACAGCUCCUGCACCCGUUAAGGGCAUGAGGAAAAAUGGCAAAAACUGGCACGACGCUAGGAAGCCCUUCCGACCCGCUGCCGGCAUGACCUCGUUUGCGAAAAGACAGGAACUACGUAAACAGCAUGAAGCCAUCAAGGAACACGAAAAGGAGUUGAAAGAAGAAAAGGAGGCAGAGCGUCAGGCCCAUAUUCAAAGGAUCAAGGAACGCAGAGCCGCAAAGGAGGAAAAGGAACGAUACGACAAGAUGGCAGAGAAGAUGCACCACAAGCGAGUCGAACGUCUCAAGCGGAAAGAGAAGCGCAACAAGUUGCUCAACUCAUGAUCCCAUACUAUUGGAGGCACGUCCUUGCAUAUUGCCCGUCUGUACAUUGUGUGAUGCCCACCGCGUGUUGCUGCUUAUGCGCGUGUCGUACAUUUUCGUUUUGUUAGUUUCGAUCAAUGGCGUUGGGGGAUUGGGUCACGACUGCGUUACUUUGCAAAAUACCUGCAUAUAAACAUGGAUUAUCGUUUUAUCCUCAUUUAUUCGAAGCUCUUAUCUGAAAAUUUGCAGAAAAUACUUCAUCUCCUUUUUAUAAAGAUGAUAAUAUACAAUAUUUAGUUUCGCGGUUCUGAAGAUUUGAGUAACGCAACCUAUACUCUAAUACAUGCC